ACCGUCGUCGACGUCACCCCGACGGCGCGGCCCUCUGCGUCCGCUCCGUCAAGCUAAACGUUUCCCCGUCUUCAUUUUGAACUCAAUGUCAAUUUUUGUUUAAAUAAAACAACGACAACUACAACAAACUAAACCACAGGGGUCAUGGCGUUGCCCUCGAUCGCCGUGGUCAGUUGCAGCGACAGCUUUUCGGCGGAGGAUCUCGUGAAACAGGUUCUGGGAAGCGAGGGCUCGGCGGACGAGAGCGUGACGAGCGAGGACGGUGUGGAGUCGUUCCCGUGGCGCAUCGACAACAAGUACUACUCGGCCAGCGUGCGCCUCUGUCCCCUGCGGAGCAAGUCCCUGGUGUCGCGCGAGUUUGGCGAAUCGGUGCAGGCCUUCCUCGCCUACUUCGACGCGUCCCAGAAGGGGGCGCUGGCGCAGGUGUCCGAGUGGCUGUCGUUCUCUCAGCACUGGGCGCCAUCGGUGCUCGUGCUCGUGUGCGACCGCGUCGACGAGCAAGGUGUCUCUCGCAGGGAGGCACAGGAGUGGUGCAUCCAGUCGGCAUUUGAGUUGGUUGAGUUGAGUCCCCUUGAGGCCCUGGAUGAGGAUGAUGACUUUCCAGAGACGACUGGCAUCAAGAGGAUCAUUCAGGCCCUGAGUGCCCACGUGUGGCCUAACCUGCAGAUGAAAGAGCGGACGGCCGGGGGGAUGCUGAGCUGUGCGCUGGGGGCCCUGGAGGGUAGGCGAGCGGGUCCCGGCACACACAGGCAGUUCGACGAGGACGAGGAGGACGAGGAGGACGAGGAGGAGGGUGACGCGGUGGAGGAUGAGGUGGAAGAGGAGGAGGAGGCGUCGCAGGAGGCUGAGAGAGUCACCCCCCAGCCGAAUGGCGAGAGCAGGGGGGGGGCGGCCGUGGAAUCGAUGCUGCAGACCGACAUCCAGGAGUUGGCGGCGCUCACCACGGCCGACUCUGCCGACUGCGAGAACUUUGAGCGCCUCUACGAGAAGCUGCGCGAGAUGAAAGACAGAGCAGUGACGAUGCCACACGGCCAGCGCAAGGUGCACGCCGAGAAGGUGGCCAAGGCGUUUUGGAUGGCUAUCGGAGGAGACCUGGAUGAAAUCGAUGGCUUGUCAUCUGGGGAAGAUUGAGCCCCUUAGGACGAGGGGUUUAUGGCUUUCGCAAGGAUCGCCUGCAAACUGCUUUAAAAAAAAAACAACGCCUUUUAACGAAUCCCCCCACGCUACGCCCCGCAGCUGUUCAUCUUUGCUCCACGCUAGAAAUCGUUCCUCUGCAGCAGACAAAACACCAUGCGGAGGGGAUAUCAACUCGUCAAAUAAAAGUCUUAAGUAAUUUCCGGCUCAAAUAAGCAUCGAGAGCAUUGGUGCUCAUCUUGUGUUUACAGCCCUGAACCGCGGUGGUGGAAAUUUCACAUUCCUACGGAGGGGAUGAUUCUCUCCACAGAAUAACCACUGUUGAGUCCCCCACAAAGUGAUACCUAUUUUAUCGUCCCCAAAGGGAUGAUUGGCUGAGUCAGCCCCCCCCCACCACAACCGCGGGUUGAACCCUCAAAUCUUCUAAUUGCGAGCUGUGAGCUGCUGCUGCUGCGCCGACCAAGGUUUUCUGUCUAAGCCCCGAGUCAACCUUCACUCAGUGGGGGAGGUCGCUCCUUCUCCUUUGCUGCCCCAGCCAUCAGGAAGUCUAUUCUCCCCCCAGCCACCAUUCUCGCCGACUCCCUGCUCUCAUGGUUUGAGUGCAGGCUCACGUCAUGAAUUGCCUCUGCCUAUGCCUAGCUGCCUCUACUCUGUAAAACAAGUAUUCCCACUGUCUUGAGAUGUCGCCUCGUUUAGACGCCGUUUAAAUACUGCGAGUCCUCGUUUAACGCGGCAGUAGAUGCGUUCCUGAAAAGUGCCCCGUUAAGUUAAUUAAGCGCGUUCGGCGAAAACAGUUUUCCCGUAAAUAAUGUCGCGAUAAAAUCUUGACAAAAUACGACGUACUGUCAAACCUUGGGUUGCGAGCAUAAUUCGUUCUGGAAACGUGUUUGUAAUCCAAAGCACUCGUAUAUCAGUUGUGAUCACGUGACGCUCGGCACUCGUAUUGCAAGACCUCGCUCGUUUAUCAAAUUAAUAUUUAUUUAAACAUUUUUGCUCGUCUUGCAAAACACUCACAGACCAAGUUACUCGCAACCCAAGGUUUUUCUGUGCUUCGUUACACCACGCAGUGAGAUGGCGGGACAAACAACUGGGGGCACGCCGCAAUUUUACUGUAUCACUAUGCGUACCGUAUCACACCGCUCGGUCGCGCAGCUCGAGAAAGUAGUUUGUCGUCGACCCGUUCGGGAACCGCAUUGUAACGGUGCGCGUCCCGUUUCACAACGGGCGCGUCGCGCGAAAUACGUUGCCUCGUGGAAGAACUGCGUUAAAGCGAAAACGCGUUGAGCGACGGACUUGCCGUACACAUUGUGUUGGAUAUCGUGCCUCUAAUGGUUGCAGGGGUCAUUAUGCAACACGUUGAAAAUAGCUGUCGCUCUCGCGAUUCACGCACGCUUCAUGAGCACGUGAGAAAUUUCUCAUGCACGGUAUCCAUGCCACGGACUGCGCCCUGCACCCUCCGUCUCAAAAGGCUCGUGAUCUAUGAUUUUGGAUCUUCUCAUGUAAUGGAUUCGCAUUGCAUCUGCAGCAAGUCACAGACCACACUGAAAACGAAACGGAGGUUGUGGUGCAUGGCCACAUCUGCAAUACACCCGGGGUGCGUACAGUGGGCAAGAGCGCUUCUAUUGAACGGCCUGUUUAGCCCACAGCCGUCCCUUGGGCUACGGCGAAUCUGGGCGACUGCCCCAGGCCCCACGUUUGGGGGGGGGGGCGCUUUGACGUCACGGUGUCGGAUGUGAUACUUCCGGUUUAGUUUGAAGGUGUGGCAGGGUGGGUUUCUCCGUGUCCCGUACCCUUCCUAUCGACGACCCUACCCAUAGCGCUUCGUCGUAACCGGAGCUGAACGUCGCGUGGUUCGUGUCAAAAUCCAGCCAAUCGGAGGAGGAGGCGCCGCUCAUUGGCUGAGCGGUUGCGUGACGUUGCGAGGCGCUCGGCGUCGCCAAAGGCGGCACCGUUCAAUUGGAGCCAGCGCCCCCGGACGCCUCGUAGUGUCGCCACGGCAGAGCGCUCUGCACAUUGGAAACGCGCACCACGCUCCACCCCGGCUUACAGACCAUCGCACGCUCGGGAUUUCGUACGGAUUAUCGGAGGCGCGACCAUAGAGCGCUUUGUCUUUGUUUGUUUGCCUCUGCGUCGUGUUGAGUUUCCUUGUGUAAAUCCCACUGCUCAUGCCAGCUAUCGAAACCCGAUAUACGUGGCCGUGGUGGUUGGUAACUCAGGCGACGUGGGGUUAUUUUAUUUUUUAAAACGGUACAAUUGUCGCUCGCAGUGCGCCCGCACUCGAUCGCACCACCGCUGCACAACAAGUAGUCGGUAUGUAGGGGGGCCGUCCAUAAAUGACGUCACCCACCUGGGUGGGGGGGGGGGUCAGACAUUUGUGACGAUGUGUGACGAGGGGGGGGGGGGUGAGAAAUGUGAUGUCACAUCAAAAUGUGCAACUUUAAAUAAAUAUAGACAACACGUUCUACUUAAUUAAAUUUACUUUUUGAUAAAUGUUUUCUCCUACAACAUCAGAGUGCAGCGGCCACAUUGAAUACGCACUACAAUGACAAUUGUUUAAAGCGAUUUGAAGCAUGGUUUUUUUUGGGGGGGGGGGGGGCAGAUCUUUGUGAUGUCACAUUUGAGGGGGUCUGACUUUUUGUGACGGCGUGUGACGAGGAGGGGUGGUCAAAAAUCGUCCAACAUCGUCCAAAUUCGCGUGACGUCAUUUAUGGACGGCCCCAUUCUGCACGCGUUAGACAACCCGCGCUGACCAACGUGGUGAAGUGUGGUCAAAGAAUCCCCCUCUGAAUACCCACAAAGACGUGGGGUGGAAUCACUGAUCCAGCAGUGAAUUGACAAAAAGAGCUGUAUAUGUACAUCGCAAAAAAAAAUGUUGAUAAAUUUACUGAAAUAACAAACAGGCCAUGUGGACAAACCUAAGCAUGCUACCUUAAGUCUGCCUAUUCCAUCGUCUCUAGUUGUGCCUACGGUAAAAAAAAAUAUGAUCAUUAAUUCUAACUGUUCUUUGUUCAACCAGGAAAGCCUGACUUGACGUGUCAAGACGUGUUAUUGAUGCGGUUCCUGCUACAUUAGUAUGUUUGGCGUUGAAUGAUUGUCAUUGUUCAUGAGCGUUUUGCUUUGUUGGAGGAAACCCACCACGCACACGAGGGGGAUGAUGUUUCUAAAGCUCCACAAAGAUUGAUUCAAGAAUGUAUUGCUGUAACGCCAUCUCCUGGCUCACCUUGCUUUCCUGCGUUGACUCUGCUGUCUCUCCUCCGCGUGUACAAUUAUCUUGGGUGAAUUCUAAUGUUUUUGAUCGUUUGCGUAGGCCUAUAUUGUGUAUAACGUUAAUCAAGUUAUUUUUGUAUUUUGUGUAAUGCAGGGUUCUUUCAACGCUAAUUUCCAGGAGGCCACGUGAUACAAUGGCCGUGUGUUCUGGUGGGCCACGUGAUAUCAAUUGUAACGCGAUGUCUUCGCGAAAGCGUCAUGACAUUACGUGCGUAACGGCUAUCGCUAAACUGGAUCUCGUAUUUAUCUCGCUUUUGAUCUGGUUCGUCUGCAUCUCUCAGUGUCUUGGCGGGCCGUAGCUGAAUGCGGUCACACACCGAAACCUCUUUUUUUCUACUGCACAAGCCGAGCCGUGCUGCUGACGUCACGUGCAGCGAAUAGUCGAGACGCAGUGACGCUGGGAACCCGCAGUCGUUAGUACCUUCCCCCCACUUGGCCCUGCUUGGUCCCCCCCCCCCCAGUCAGAUUCAUAUCAAAAACUAAAACCAUUUAUUUUUAUUUUACCAGGUAAGGCCCACUGAGCAUAUCGUAGUUUGGUUCCAGCUCGGCUCGGAUGUGCCAGUGGAAAAUUGUAAAAAGAGCCUUCGGGGCUCAGGUGUGAUCCGCUGGUCCCCAAUUUGAAGGACCGAUUUGUUGUGCAUAAUCUUAUUUCAGUUAUAUAUAUACACACUCAUUAAUUUUAAUGUAGCUAGUUUCGUCAAUCGACUUGAAAUCACAAGCACUUGUGAUCACUUCGAACCACAACCGGCUUUCGCUACAGGUGACGCCACAGUACGGCAUUCUCCACACGCGUCGUGAUUGGUUCAUGGAGCCCCAUAUCAUUUUGAAUGCCGGAUUGGUGAUUGGCCGCAUCAAGCUACAUGCGCGUGUGUGUGUUGGUGGAGGACUGGUUGUCGACUGAAUUGUGUAUGUAGUGGUGGUGGUGGUGAUGCAAACGUCGUGUAGUUUUUGUACACAUUUCUAUGUACAUUGAAAAUAAACGUUGAUCAGCAGGGUGUAUACUGUA